GUACCCGACUAAAUAUAGCAACUACUAUCACCAUGAUCACAUACCCUGCUGUUGCAGAGUAUAAUCUGGUGGGACAAGUCACGCACAUCGGACGUCGAGAAAACCCCACUCCUUCCUUUUUUUCAGAUUCAAGCCACUACCUCCUUGUAAUAAAGUAAUCUUAAAUACUUUUCGUUUCUUAACGAUAAUAAAGGGCUAUUCAACCUUGCUUUUUUUUUCUUGGAAGUUGUUGCUUUUGAAUGGAGUAACGCCAUCAAUUAUCCGAUAGACGUUUGUAAGGCGCCAUAUCCUUUCAUGCUUUGCUGAACAAAUGAAAGGUUAUAUUAUCCAUGAGCAUCGAAUCAUCGCUUUAAAUAUGUAGACGUUUCAGACUUUCAUCUAUUUCUGAAAGACGUGCUAAAGACGGAGUAUACAUAGACCUAUAACGUUCAAUACUUACCGUAUAGAAAUGGCGCGAAGCGUAUUUUCGCAGAUAAUGGUCUUUGCGUGUCUGUGUCAUCUUGUUCAAUUAGGCAGUGCUCAGAUACUUAUUGCAGACGGAGGCACUAUCCUGUUUGCCCCCAUACCGCGGCCCGUCACAGAGAACACCAUAUUCGAUGCCGAAUUCAGACGCAUAAGUCUUUUCAAAUCUAGUGCUGUAACAGCUCUUGACUAUGAUCCCAUCGAUAGAAUGGUGUACUAUGUGGAUGUGACUUACAAGGUCGUCGAACGUAUCAACCUUAAUGGCAUGGCUCGGGAACAGAUCCAUUAUUCCUACAUCGUACCAAAUUCUGUCGCUGUUGACUCGGUGAGGAGGCGUGUCUACUACACAAUUUCCUUGGAUACCAAAGUUUACUAUAGGGAUUUGGGUAAUAUCACAGUCACUCACGAAUUACCGGGAACUACUCUCCCAACAUCUUCCACACAUGCAAAUAUCGCAGUUGACGGUUUAGCAAGCUAUCUUGUCUAUACAGCAAGCGGGUAUGAUCAACUGAUAUCAUAUCCUUUAGGUAGCCAACCUGGGAUAAGUAGAAGUUUGGUAUCCUCCCGUACAAGUGCGUUUACGAUUGAACAGUGCGUAACUACCGACAUUAAUUCAUCAGCCCGUGUGUAUUACUUCACCAACUCAAAGGAAUUGGGUUACGCGAAUACGUUCCAAACUUGGAAUCGGACCAUCCAACUAUUGCCAGAGACAGCUGUGGUUAGCCAAGGCAUGGCUAAAUAUGGAAACAAGCUCUUUUUCGGUGAUGUGAUUAGCUAUUCGAUUCCAAGGUUGAUCGAAUAUGACACAAAGGCCUCCUCUGCCAAGAUACAUUAUCCCGUGACCGUAAAGCUGGAUACUGGUGAUAAUUCAACUAUCACCCCGAGAACUAUUCGCAUUCUCAACAUUAAUUAUACAGAACCCGUUUCCAUCGAGGAUUGCCCGAUGAACAUCUAUGUACAAAUCAACAGUAGCUCCAUCGACGACACGCAACAGAUCUCCUGGACUGAACCUUCUUUGAACGCUUGGUCCAACUGUGCUACCUUGGAAUUUCUGGGACCAGGAACCAAUGGAGGCAAUUUCAGCAAGGGGGCUUACAACAUCUCCUACGAAGCCAGUGAUUUGAAUGGAAACACAGAUACUUGUACUUUCACGGUAACAAUCGAGGAGGUGCCCGACGAUGAACCUUCUACGGAGGCUUUGCCUAGCACUUCUCCAUCUAGACCUUCUGACGAUUCUUCCACGGAUACUUCUGGACCUUCUCCAUCUAGACCUUCUGACGAUUCUUCCACGGAUACUUCUGGACCUCCUGGUGGAGAUGGCAAUACACCGUGUUCGAACGAGAAUCCCCCUUCUGGAGAUGGCGCAAAAGUUUCGUGUAGUUUCAUUCAAUGGGUCUAUUUAAUUGCUCUUCUAUUAACCGUCUUCAAAUAGGCCUUACCUUUGCGGCCUACAGGAAAACGCAGUAGCUGACUUUUUUUUUUUUUCAAUUUUCACUUUUUUUCAGAAAAGUAGUCAGGUAACCAUUCUUUUUUAUACACAACAAAAAAAGUAAGUCCCCCCUAAAUCAAAUUGCUGUAACUUUUGAACGGAGUUAUUUUGAGAUAUGAUAUUUCGUAGGUAGUUUUUUACACUCAUUAGGCAACUCCUGGGGAAAAAUGAGAUCGAUCGGUUGAGUCAUGCAUGAGUAAUUAAAGAUUGUAUUAAAAGUGACCAUUUUUGAAAGUCACAAGAGUCGUUUUUCAGAUUGUGCAAAUACAAAGUUGGGCAAAAGUUGUUUUUAGGUGAAUUUUAUGGUGUUAUGCUGUUUUACUAUCCAUCAUUUAUCCACUCCACACACAAUUUUGAUAUCGUAUGUUCAUGGUUGAGUGAGCACAAUAUCGCAGGGGCCGCGGAAGCGGGGGUGCGGGGGGCCCACUUUUUUCCAAAAUCAUGUACAAAAAUGUAAAAAUGACCAUAGAUUGUGAUUUUUUGCAUGGUCAGCCUUUUGGCUCAGCCCCUUCCCCACACUUCGAAAACCGUUCCACGGCCCCUGUAUUGUGACGUAUCAUCAUAUGUUUUUUUUGGUAGUAUCCUCUACAACUUGUUAGGUCAUAUUAAAAUUUGAAAAUGUUGGUGGCUCCCCCGAUUAUAGGCCCCUCCCCCAUUUUUAAAUUCUGGAUCCACCACUGAUUUGUCCAUAAAUUAAACUGAUCAUGAGAAAUUGUUAGGAAAAUAAUGCAUUUAUGCAGUAUAAAGAGUAUUCAUUCCUAAGUUCUCGAAUGUGCUCGCUCAACCAUGAAAAUGUUAAGUUCGGUAAGUGUGUGGUGAUAGAAAUAAUGGAUGAUAAAAACAACAGCAAUUAAAGUCACAUUUGAAACCGAAUUUGCCCCCAAUAUUCACCUUAUUACCCUUAAAAUGAGUCUGUGACAUUGAAAAUACCAAUUUUCUCACUUUGAUGCGUGCUCACUCAUCCGUAAAUAAACAAAUCGAUUUCAUUUUUGCACAGAAUUAUGCCCAUAGGUUGAUAAACAUUACUGCCAAAUGACAUUGCUGUAGACAGCCUUGAAAACAAGUUCCACCAUAUUGAAUAAGGGGUUACUAAUUCUUAAACAUAUGUACCCAUAAUGUACACAAGUCUAUGAGAGAGGAAGUCAAAAUUUAACAAAUAUGAAAUAAGGGGUUUGUUUCAUGGACGGUUUUUGUUACUUCUGCCAACAGUUAUUUCAUGAAACUUCGCACAUGGCUUCAGAGUAACACUAUCCAAAAGGCGCGCAAACCAAAAUAACAAUUCGAUGCGGCACAGAGUGGGGCCAAGGCCUUGAACUUUCUUCUCAUUUGCAUAAUUUUCAAAUAUUGUGUGCUCACUGAUGCAUUAAACAUCGGGAUUUUCAUAAAAAUCAAAUCAAAUGAACCAUGCACGGAGGUUUGUGACAGAUAUCCAUAGUUACAAAUUGCAUUUUUUCCAAUAACGUAAAAAAGAGCUAAUCACAUUCCACAUGUUCAUUCAAGCGUGAAUGUUUAAUUAAACGCAUUUGAAUCAUUGGAGCAUGUUAAUUGGUCAUGAACAUAACGAAAAAAAUUAUAAAAGAGCAGUUUCAGUUACCAAAAUGAAACAAUACUUGCCUAUGAUAUUUGAAAAUCGUAUUUUUUGUUUUCAAUAAAUGUUCAUUGAACCGUGAAACGAUGAAUAUUGUUGAAGAUACUCUUCCCAAAAAUAACUGUCAUCAUAUUCUAUCAUUUUUAUUUAUGAAAAUGUGUAAAAAAUCAAAUUAAAGCAAAUUUGGACUUGUGUUUAUUCAACCGUGAAAUUUAGCCCAAAAAAUUGUAUCGUCUUUUAGAAAGUACCUUUUACAAGCCUUUUGACUAUUUUUCAUGAUGAGAAUGUGGAAUCAGUUCCAAUAAAAUGGAAUCAAAGUCAUGAUUUUUGGAUUGUGACUUUUGAAAAGUGAAAUUUUUGCCUUCUGACGGUGCUCACUGAAGCAUGACGUAAAAUACGUCCAUAACAUUUACUCAGAGGGUAGCUUAUAAAAUUACCUACACACUCGUGUAAAUAUAUAUCCAAAAUUAGUUCGGAAAUUAUUGAUGUUUGUUCAAGGGGGGACUUACUUUUUUUGUUGUGUAUACAUGACACAUCCAGUUUUCAGAACUUCUCUUGAAAACGCCACUUUUUACUAAUGGAAACGGAAUACUUGAAGAAUAAAAUGUUUUCGAAGGCUUUAAAAGGGUAAAAAGUUAAAUGCUUAAUUUUCUCAACUAUUUCAGGCUAAAACAAACCCUCAGGAAUGUUGCUGCUGUUGUAUUUUGAGAUAUUGAAGAUUUGAAGCGAAUGCUCAGUUUCUCCAUGGAAAACGCAUUAUCCUCAGAUGAAGAACAUCAUAAGUUACUCGGUCGAUAUUAACUCAACACCAAGAAAUAAUGUAUGAAUCUGUAAUUCAAAGGAAAAAAAAUAGCUUAGAUACACGAAUGGCGCCCUCUACCAACAAGGGCCCCUUUUGUGGUAAGGUCCCAAUCUUGAAUGAAAAUUGUCUCACGAAGGUUGGAAUUUUACUUAACAUGGCACCACAGUUUGUAAAGAGUGCCUCAGUGUUUCAUGGCAUUGUAAUUACAAACUCAAAUAGUUAAAAUAGAUAAACACAGCAACUCAGGAGAGUUGUUGAUUAAUACUUUACAAGAAUGUUUUGUGCAAAUUUUUACCAUCAUGGUGAAUCACAAUAGAGGGCGCCCUUGGCGGUAGAGGGCGCCCUUUGUGUUCUAAGCUAUUAUCUUUCCCUUGACUUACACAUUGAUACAUUAUUUCAUGGUAAUGCAGCAAUAUAAUAGAGUGAUGAUGAAACUGUUCUUUCGGUUCGGCUUAUAUAUAUAUAUAUAUCUCUCUUUUGGGGGCUUGAAAUAGGAACAUACAGUACAUACUAUUCAAUUUCAUGAUAACAGAUUACUAAUUAACAAAAUUUGUUUUUGAGUGGCUUUGGAAAAAACAUAAAAUGCUGGAUAUAUCAACUCGUGCAAAAUGUAGAUACUGCAUUAUUUCCAUGGGGGGGGGGGCAGUACAUAGGUCGAUUUGAUUGAUUGGUCAAUAGUUUGCUUUUGUUUUUUGCCAUUGUUAUAAAAAAUAAUGAUAAAUGCACAUACACUCAUGACUCUUAGUGGAUUUAACAUUGCAACACUCAUAUUUUCA